CAAGAGCCAAAAUCGGCAAUGUUUACCAAGGACCAUAUGCACCAGAAGCUAGGCGGACACCGUUCAACGCCGCACUUGGCACGUGGGCUCUGCGGGGCUUAUGAAUGUUGCUGACAGCAACGAUUCGAUUAUCUGCAGUUAUGGUAGCAAGAUAUCCCCUGGACGCAUGCGCCGUCCCCUCUGGUUGCACAUGCAAGUCAAGUGUGUACAUAACAUCGCCGAUUCGCUCACUAUUCGGUCGGGUUGGGAGAUGACGUUCUAAUCCAAACCGGUCUGAGUUUUGCCUUUUGCUCUGCUCUGCUCCCUUUUUAUCUCGCGCUACCACGACGUGCAGCUCGCCCCAGAUGUCUGCGAGUGCGCCCAACGACCCGGAUGUGCUGAUCAUCGGUGCUGGCUUCUCGGGUCUGGCCAUGGCCAUCCAACUAAAGAAACGCGGAAUGACCAACUUCCUCAUCGUUGAAAAGGGAGGUGAUGUCGGCGGGACCUGGCGGUCGCAUACGUACCCAGUGAGUCAACGCCCAAGCAGCCGCGGCGCCCCGGCUUAUCCCCGCUGCAUGGCUCCGCCGCGGACGUCAACGCGCAUCUCUACUCGCUCGCAUCCGAUCUAAACCCAUCGUGGACGCACACGCGCGCCUCGCAGCCGGAGAUCCAGGCCUACCUCGUGUCCCUCGCCGGCAGAUACCAGCUGAGACCCCGGAUCCUAUUCGACACGCGGGUCGACGGGGCCGAGUGGCUGCCGGAUGAGAGACGGUAUCUUGUGAACCUAUCGCGAGGAGGGGUACUGAAGACGCGGGUCUUGAUUUGCGCGAUGGGGUUCUUCGACACUCCGCGCACGCCCAACUGUCCUGGGGUGGAAGACGACCUCUUCAAAGGGCCCAGUUUCCACUCCGCACGGUGGGAUCACAGCUUCGACUUGCGCGGCAAGCGGGUGGCGGUGAUAGGCAGUGGGCCCUCCGCAUCUCAGAUUGUUCCUGCGCUGUCGCGGCAUCCAGAAACGCAUGUCAUGCAGUACGCACGCUCGAAGAACUGGUUUGUGCCCUCUAUGUCCACGCCAUACUCGGCUUGGGCUCGUUGGCUAUUUUCCGCGAUCCCACUUCUCAUGAGGAUCUCUCGGUGGUACAAUUUCCUCACAAGCGAGAUGCGCUACCUCGCGCUGUUCAAGUUUCACACCCUGAACCGCGUGUCCCAGAACGUCGCACGGAAGUACAUGCGGGAAGAAACGCCAGGGCGGUAUCACGAUGCGUUGAUUCCAUCUGAAACCAGCGACCCAUACCUCAGACUUGGCUGCAAGCGUAUCGUAUUCGAUUCCGGAUACCUGGCCGCGCUCGCUCGUGACAACGUCACCGUGAUCCCGGAAGCCGUCGAGCAAAUCACGGAGACCGGAAUCGUUUCCAAGUGCGGCGAGCAGGGUUUCGACGCAAUAGUUUAUUGCACAGGCUACGUCUCGGACGGCUUUUCGAUCCCCAUUACAGGGAAGCAACGGAAAACAGUUGAGGAGUAUUAUAAGGAAAGCGGUGGCCUAAUGGCAUACAUGGGCACCUGCCUCCCCGGCUUUCCGAAUUUGUUCUUGAUCUCGGGGCCGAACACGAUCUCCGGCCAUCUUUCUGUAUGGUUCACAUCCGAGAUCCAGGCGCGAUAUAUCAGCGACCUCAUCCGUCCCAUCCUCGCAAACCGCGCGUCAAGCAUCGAGGUUGCGCAGUCAGCGACUGCUGCUUAUAACGAGAUGCUUCAGAGGAGGGCAGCUGGGACUGUAUGGGCUACAUGCCGGUCGUGGUAUACAUCCGAGGACACGGGCAAGUCGUAUGCGAUCUUCCCGGCAUCGAUGGUGCGUUUUUGGUGGUGGUUCCGCUGGGUGAGAUGGGCUGAUUACGAGAUCGCAUAAUGUCGAAUCUCCACAUAAGUCGGAAUAGAUAGAAACAUAGCCCGGAAGUCCCGUGAUUGGACGAGAUGUAGGUUGUUCAGGCACAUGGGCUACCCCACAUCGGUCUUCUUUGGUCUCAAUGAAGGUGAUAAUAUCAAAAGGGCACCGUGAUACUCCCAAUCCAGCACAGGCAGCCCUCGUUUCUCGUCUUGAACCAUCAGACAGUCUUACAUGGUCCUAGUGAGCACGAAACCAAGCUUUUCAAGCACUCGCAUGCUGCCCGCACUCCCCACGCAAACAUGCAUCUUGCGUGCGUUUAUUCUUGGGACGAACCACGUCGACAAGACCCCUGAGAACGCGGCAGUCAUGAUCACUCGCCGGUGAUGUGUCGGGGCAAGGAACUCUAGAGGGGAAUAUGCAGCGAGUGAACGACCGACCCAGCAAUCCCAAACAAGGCGGACGGCGGGAACAGUCAUGAAAAAGUCUGAAUCGAAGAACCGACGUACCAGAAACCUGCCACACGAGCUGCUCGUGCCCCGCUGCGCGAGCCUCGUAAUCAACGAUAUCCUGUGGGCACUCGGCACAUCGAACCACCCGCACCGUUUGAUAGAGACAUUUCUGACGUGGCUGUUUUCAGCGCCCGGACCACUACUUCCCGGAUCGCACGGAGCGGGCAGUUGCCGACCCGGUCCUCGUCUGCCGUCCGGAUGGUGUGCAACACGGACUGGGCCUGCGCAAUUUACGCGUCGUUGAGCAGCCGCGCGUCGUCGGGGCACCAGCUUUCAGUUGGCCUCGCAAGCCAGUUGUGCACCGCGGGAUCUCGCAUGAUGUGCAAGAGCGCUUCGGCGUCGGACGCGCGUGGUGGGGUGAUGAUGAAAUUGGCGUACGGGGGCGGGAGGCGGAGGUAAAGUUUGCCUGCGAUUGGAUGUGAUUUGCAUGCCUAUGAUAUGUUCGCGGGAAAUGAAGGGAAAGAGGAAGGGACGGACGCCAUUGCUUACAUAACCGAGUCAGCAGUGAGGACUCGAUUAUGUGACGCGAUCAAGAGUGAUGCGGGCAGCCCCACGGGCCCAACGCCCCCUUGACAUUUUGCGAUCGUCGACGACCCAGCUCGAGCGGUGGCCUCCCGGCUCCGACCACAGAAUGCAGCUCGAAUCACCUCCCGUAUUCAUUAGAAAUCAUAGAGCACGAUAAUGGAUGAUUGUGA